AUUUAGAUAAGUAUAAAUUGAACAAACAUAAUGGAGACAAUGUCAUGUGACCACCUGAUAACUUGGUUGAACACUUUUGAAGGACUACUUGGUAAUCAUCAUACGGCAGAAGAUUUAUCUGAUGGUGUUGCCAUGGCAGAGGCACUUACCCAAAUUGCUCCUGAAUGGUUUGAUGCUGAUUGGAUAUCAAAAAUUAAACAAGAUAUUUCUUCAGAUAAUCACCGGUUAAAAUUGAGUAACCUGAAAAAGGUUUUGAAGGGAAUGGUAGAUUAUUAUAGUGAGGUUUUGGUUCAAGAUUUGAAUAGUUUUUCCCUUCCCGAUGUAGCAGAGAUUGCGGAAUUUAAUACGAAGCAUGAGUUAAGUCGAAUGAUUCAGCUUGUCCUUGGAUGUGCGAUAAACUGUGAAGACAAAGAACAAUAUAUUCAAGUUAUUAUGGCUUUAGAAGAGGAUGUUCAACUAUCUGUCAUGAAUGCUAUCGAAGAGCUCUUACAAGUUAAAGAAGGUUCAAGACUUUCAGAGUCUGGAGCAAAAGAUGAAGCUGAUUAUGGCCGACAAAAUUCGUUAAAAAGCGCAUCUUUUGUGGCGGAGAAGGAACAAACUGCACAAAAAAUCCAUGACUUGGAAGAACAGCUGCGUUUCCUAAAGGAAGAGAAAUCUACAUUGCUUCUUGAAAAUGAAAGAUUGUUGCUAGCUGGUGGUUCAAGUGACAAAACAGAGGGAAGUUUAUCUGACAAACGUGUUGCACAAUUGCAAUUUCAAAUUGACAAACUGAAAGAGGAAAACUACACACUUGAAUCAGCAAAGGAAGACUAUAAAAUCAGACACGAUGAAAAAGAAAAAGAGCUACGAGAGAAAAUAGAAAAGAUUGAACAACUAUCCAGUUUAGCUGAAGAAGCUCGAUCAUUAAAAGAUGAAAUGGAUAUCUUACGACACACACAAGAUAAAGUUGCUCGCUAUGAAGCCACUAUUGAAGCAUACAAGAAGAAACUAGGUGAACUUGGUGACAUGCGACAACAAAUGAAAACAUUGGAAGAGAAGAAUGAAAUCUACAUGCAACAAACUAUCAGCUUGGAAGAGGAUUCAAAGAAAGCCAACACAUUGAAGGCACAGGUGGAUCUCUACAAAACACAGAUACACGAUCUACAUAAUAAAUUACUUGAUACAGAAAAAAGAUGCGAUAAAGCAGAAUUUGAUGCAACCAGAGCAAAAGAUAAGUUGCAAACUAUGGAAGCUGAAAAUCAGAGAUUAAAACAAGAACGUGAUAUGCUUAAAGAAACAAAUGAAGAACUUACUCUUAACCAAACAAACAGUGCAAAUGUAUCCAUUGGUGGUGGUGUGUCUGCUCCAACUGGAAUGAAUUUCGAUGAUAUGGCUUUGCAAGGUUCACCCUUUGAAUUGAAAGAAAAACUGAUCAGACUUGAACAUCAGAACAAAUUAUAUGCAUUGCAACUUCAAGAAGCAGAGAAUGAGAAGACACAUGUUCUUCAAGCAGAACUGGAUGUUUCUAAUGAGAGAGUGAACAGACUGGAAACUGAGAACAGACAACUGAGUCAGGAAAUUCUUGAAUUAAAAGGACGUUUAGAAGAUACUGAAGCAACGAAGAGUGCAAAAGAAGAGAAAUUAUCUGUAGAAGAGAAAGAAACACAGAAGAAACUACAACAGCAUCUAGAUGCUUUAAAGCAAUCUAAUGUUGAGCUGUCAAAGAAGAAACAACACAUAGAUGAGUUGGAAAAUCAAACAUCAGCUAACUCCAAUGAAAUUUCACUUCUUCGUGAUCAACUCAUGAAGAAGGACGAACAGAUGAAGGAAAUGGAAGACAGAUACAAGAAAUAUUUAGAUAAAGCUAAAACUGUGAUCAAGACAAUAAAUCCUACCCUAGAUAGCGCAGUAAACGACCAUCAGGUGAAAGAUUUGAAGAGCAGAUUGCAAGAAAAAGAAAAGCUGAUAGAACAUUUGGAGCGGGAUCACGAGCGUAUGAAACAAACUAAAGAGAGGGAAGAAAAAUUAAUAAUCAGUGCUUGGUACGAGCUGAGCAUGCAACUGCACCGAAAAGCAGCUGAUGAAAGACAAGCGGGUGGUGCUGGACUAUCUUUUUUAGCUAAACAACGACAAGCUGCAUCAAUACGAAGAAGUUCUCUCUCAGGAUCACCACGUGGGAAGAUUUCUUCAUGAUGUUAUCGACCAGAUUAGAAAUCCAACCACAUUGAUCGUUGGCUGUUAGUCAUUUGAUAACAUGAAAAUAAAUAGUGUUACCCAACAAGAGACCAACCACUUUGAAGUAAUAUAUUGACGCAACGUUGAAGAUGUUGGGAAAGAAGAUUAAAUAAUGAACUACUAUGGAUUUUAUUCUUCCAUUCCUGUUUUAAUAAAACGUCUUUAUGAAAUAUCUUACGCAUUGUUAUUUUUUCAUGGAUAAACUUUUUUAUAUUUAUUUCUAGAUUUUUUUUUUAUUAUUGGAAGAAAUUUUAAUUCGAAUA